CCACGGCGAUCAGGACGGAGCAGCACCGCACCGUACGCACGGAAUCGCCGCCGCGUCGCAUGGCCAACCACGGCGACCUCUCCCCGCCGGCCGACGUCGACUCCCAGGAGCUGAUUCCAGUCAUCUACCAGUCACCAUACAACAUGACACCGCAGGGUCCUCCAUGUUCAUGGCUUUUUUACUACAGGCCAGUUCCUCUCGGAGGUUUUCGGCGGAGGCCCGUGUACGAAGAUGGAACGACAAGGGUGCUAUGCUUGAGCCAAAUGUUCUCUCCAGACCAGCUAGAAGACGACGAGUACUACCGAAAGUUUUGCCGGAGGAUGACGGCAGAAGGACAGAGAUCCGGCGGUAAACUCAGGAGGACCGUCGUCCCAUGGCCGGACCCCAGCGGCGCUCCGGUCACCGGUGUUGGCAAGGUGUUUCUGGCAUACGCCGAUAUCGACAGCGCAGCAUAUUCCAAGACGAUGUUGCAUGGGAUGUGGUUUGAGGGGAGGCAGGUGUUUGCUGCGUUCUAUCCUGAGGACAAGUUUGCUGCUGGAGAUUAUGAUGGAUAAAAUGGAAAUCUUACUUAUCUUUAUUGUAAGAAUUAUGUGUCUCAAAGCAUACUUAAGCAUAACUGUAAAA